GGUUGGCUACCAGGGGCCACUCAAUAGUAAACCAAAUGUAUGGGGAUGUUCUGAGCACCCAAACUACAAGAGAAGUUGCGAACCCCAUAAUCUGGCAGUUUUGAAAUGAUCUGAAUACUUUUUGAACUUGGGUUUUGGGAGGCAAGCAUCACUGACCAGUAUUUUGGUGCCAGCCGCGAACAGACAACAUGCAUUAUCACGGGAAGUGUAGGUGGAACAUGUAGACACUCACACAGAGGCUAAAUCUAUUGUUUUCCCGGACGGUCAGCGCCGCGUUCCACUUGACUGAUAGCGAUGGCCUUGGAGGCAGACGGCGACAGGGGUUCAUCUAGAAGCGCUCAUGAAAAACAUCCCCAGGCAGCACUGGAGCGCUACAUGAGGACAUGUGUCACCCCGUUGCACCCGGACGCGGGGAGCCAGUCGUGGCUGAGACUCGCCGUGACAUGGACUUGCCGAGGAGUGUCGUCUGCGGUCUGCGUUGCCUCCGUCUCCGUUAUUCUCGCUCUGCUGCUCAGAUUGGUUGACUGGGAUGCGAGCAGCAGCAGCAGCAGCAGCAGCAGCAGCAACGGAAAUAGCAGCGGCUCCGGCUCUCGUCUUCAUUUCGCGGCGGGCUGCGCUGUGGAGCUGCUUCUGACUGCGUGUUACUGCGUCUCCCCAGUUUUUACACUCGUCUGUGCCUUCUUCUGGGUCGGGCUGUACCUGAUCCGCUGCGGGGUGCUCAUCCGCACCGCGUUUUUUUUGUUAGCGGUGUGCCACUUGGGCGAAGCCGCGGCGCAGUCCCUGCUGCGUGGCGCCGAGGAGCAGCUGCUGUCCCUCCCCGCAACCCUGGUAGUCCUCGGCUGCCUGGGCAGCGGGGCUCUGCUGGUCGUCCGGCUGGGUCAGGGAGUGUCGAUCCUCAUCUUCAUUAGCGUCAUCAGGGCCGUCUCCCUCGUCUCUCUGAGCAGGGUCCGGGCCAGCUGGAGACCCUACCUGGCCUACCUGCUGGGGCUGCUGGGGGUUUUGCUUGCGAGGUAUGCUGACCGGCUCCUGCCGGCCUCAGGGACCAGCGGGACGGGGUGCUGUGGCUCUGUGACCGGGGCGAAGGAGGAGGACAUCCGUGUCUUCAAAAGGAGACGGAGGUCCAGCUCCAUAGCGGCCUCGGAAAUGAUGGCUCAUAGUCAGAGCAACAGCAAGUCCCACCGAAGGACUUCGCUGCCUUGCAUUCCGCGGGACCAGAUUAUGUGCCAGCCAGAAUGGGACUACAAGAGAGCUCUGAGCAGAUCCCAGUCUUCGGGCACCAGUGUGGUAGUGGACAUUGCAGUGAUGGGUGAGGCCCAUGGUUUGAUCUCAGACCUGCUGGCAGACCCCUCGCUGCCCCCUAACACCUGCAGCUCUCUGAAGGCUGUCAGCAACCUCCUCAGCACCCAGAUCAGCCUCCAGCCACUCCACCGCACUCGCAUCCCUGCAGACACACACACCUUCUCUGACUCCGAGGAGGGGCCCGAAAAAGCAGAGAGACUGGCCAUUCCAAAGCGACUAAGGCGGAGUCUGCCCCCAGGGUUGCUGAGGAGAAUCUCAUCAACGUGGACCACAACCACCUCAGCUACAGGGCUGCCCACCAUUGAGCCAGGUCCUGUACGCCGAGACCGCUCAGCCAGCAUCAAACACACCACAGACGGUGAAUCAUGGAACAACUCAGUGAUGAUGACCAUCUCAAAUAGCCGCUCCAUGUCUGCCUCCUGCGCUGCCUCUGUCACCUCCAACCAUCUUUACAGCAAACCACUGGGAAGACCAGGUUUCCCCCCCUCCAACGUAUCACCUCUGGGCUCUCCGUGCUCGUCUCCUCCCAUCCAGGGCACUCCUGUCUCCAGUCCUACAACAAAGACAUUUUCAGUGCAACUUCCUGAGCCGGAUGGGCCAAUAACAGAGCAGGCCCCUGGCUCUGUGGCCCCCAAAAGCCAUCACAGAGCCUUAACUCACAGCCAGAGCGCCCCAAGUUCCACCACCCCUCAUUGGCGGCCUCCAUCACUCUGUGGCAGCUGUGGCAGGCCUUUCAACAAUCGACUAAACCACGGGGUAGAAUCUGUCGACAAAGGAGACAGAAUACCCCAUCCAGAUGAGCGCGCAGUAGCUUCAUCAGACUAUGACAGCACCUACGACAGCACCUAUGAGACCAACCACAGUGACAGCAGCGACUUUGCACAGAAUGAAGAGGAGGGAGAAGGAGGCAAGAAGCCACCUGAAGCAACAGAAGGUUGCAGGGAGUAUCCAACAGAGGGUAUCGUUCUUUCCCCGCUCCUGCCAUCACCAGAGGACAAGCCGGUCUUGGCCCUAGAGGCUCCAGUAAUGCCAGGGCUAGAGACUCUCUUGAGUCAACUCAACAACUGGAACUUUCCCAUUUUCAGUCUAGUGGAGAAGACUCACGGCAAGACAGGCUGCAUCCUCAGUCAGGCUUCCUAUAGGCUCUUUGAGGACACAGGUCUGUUUGAGACCUUCAGGAUUCCCGUACAAGAGUUCAUGAACUAUUUCCAUGCUUUGGAGAACGGAUACAGGGACAUCCCGUAUCACAACCGGAUCCAUGCCACUGAUGUGCUGCAUGCUGUUUGGUACCUCACCACUCAACCUGUGCCAGGCCUGCCCAACCUGCUGACUGAGAAUGGGUUACACACUGACUCAGAGAAUGGCAUUACACCUGGUGCCACAGGCUUCCUGGUGUCCAAGAUGAGCUCUGUGGUGAAGGAAGGCUAUGGCUCCCUGGCUAGCCUUAUCCCUGGCCUGGAGCUCAUGGCCCUGUAUGUAGCUGCUGCCAUGCACGACUAUGACCAUCCCGGAAGAACCAAUGCCUUUCUAGUAGCUACCAGUGCACCGCAGGCCCUUCUAUACAAUGACCGAUCAGUAUUGGAAAACCAUCAUGCGGCUUCAGCUUGGAACCUCUUCAUGUCUCGACCUGAGUAUAAUUUCCUGAUUAACCUUGAACACGUGGAGUUCAAGCGCUUCCGUUUCCUAGUCAUUGAAGCCAUCCUGGCCACAGACCUCAAAAAGCACUUUGACUUCCUUGCAGAGUUUAAUGCAAAGGUGGGUGAUGAAGGAGUGUCUGGUAUUGAUUGGACCAAUGAGAACGACCGAUUGCUGGUGUGCCAGAUGUGCAUCAAGGUGGCUGAUGUCAAUGGACCGCUGAAGUGUAAGGAGCUACACCUGCAGUGGACAGAGGGGAUCGUCAACGAGUUCUACGAACAAGGUGAUGAAGAAGCAAGCCUGGGCCUUCCCAUUAGCCCAUUCAUGGACCGGUCCGCUCCACAGCUUGCUAAACUACAGGAGUCGUUCAUCACUCACAUAGUAGGACCACUGUGCUCCUCCUAUGACUCCGCUGCUCUUAUGCCAGGACGCUGGGUUGACCCACCUGAUGGCGGGAUCGAGCCAGAAGAGGCAAAGGAAGAACCAGACACAGAAGAGGAAGAGGAAGAGGAAGAUUUGGCAGAUGAGGGCGCAUCAACAAGUUCUGACACCUCCCAGCGACGAGCAACCAAAAACGUGAGCAGGAGGAAAGUGUUUUGCCAGAUCACACAGCAUCUUUUGGAAAACCAUGAAAUGUGGAAAAGAGUGAUUGCUACAGAAGCCCAGGAGGAAGCCCAGAAAGAGGAUCCGAUCUGCAUCGGCAGCCCCACCGAUCCAAUCACAGCCAUUCAUGAGGAAGAGGAAGAGCAAGCAAGCAAAGAGGAGGAGUCGACUGACGGCCUUGAUGAAAGGGAAGAGGUGCCGGCUUUAGAGGAAGAGGAAAUCCCCCUGCAAUCAGAGACUUCAGGGGAAAAAGAGGAAGACCCAGAGUGAUAUUAUGAACUUUGAGCUCCUCUUAAACCAGGAAUCUGAACGUUGUCUAAAAAAAUGUUUGUUUCUUUCCUAACUAAACUCUUGAUAUAGUAGCCAGCACAUCACUUUGACACAACACUGUAGAAGAUGUUUUGGGUAAUAUGUGCCUAACAAAAACAGGGUUUGAGAACAGGGAUGAUGCAUGCCCAGUGCAUCUGACAGGGGUAGAGAGGUAAGAUGAGCAGAGAUGGAGAGGCAGAAAAAGAAGCUGAAAGAGAAAGGGAGAAUGAUUGGAACUGUAUUUGUUUUUGUUGUAUUGUUUGUUGUAGUCUGGAUCUGGUGUCCUGCCCUCACCCAGGCUGCCCAUCCUGCACUAUGAGCCAACCAUGCUGAUUCACUCAUUCACUCCACCAGUGAGUAAUACAAUGUCACGAGCCCCCCUCCCCGCCCACCUUUCUUGUUGCUCCCAUGCUACCAGCAAACUGUGGAGCCACUGGCUGGUUGAGGAUGUGCAACAAGCCCCUUCUCCUUGAAGACAAUGGGAUGAAAGCCAGGGAAAAAGCUGUGUCCACUGAGGCCAGUGGUAGUACAUUGUGUAUACAGACUACACCUGCACAAG